UUCUUCGUAUACCCGUAACGGACCCAUAAGUAAAGACGGUGAGUUCUGGUGGGAAACUGGCGAGACUGGGUACCUCAGUGUACCCAUGCCUAGUGGGCUAUGUACUUCCGAGGUUACCUACCGGUCCCUACACUCUACACUACAGACUGUGACAACUUCUCUUCUACAACAAAACUCAGUCCCCUCGCGCAACGGAUGCGCUCGCCACGACGUAUCCAAACCAGCAAACGCGAUGGCCUUGUCAGUCAAUCUGCACAUAGACUUGUCCUCUCGUCUCGUCACAGAUAGCUUAUUACCGGUAGCUGCUCGAUGAUUCGUUCCAGUGAGACCGUCUCUUUUGCACGUUCCCUGCACCGUCUUUAGUGCCACUUUUCAUCACCGCCAUCCAGCUCGCCAACACCAGUCACCACUACGACCACAACCUCUAAUACCACCGCGCGCCGUUCCUCUUUCAAGUGCUCGACCAAAGCGCCAAUACGACCAGGAUGCAAUCUACCCGUCCCGAACCGCCGCUCGACCACUCCCGCCUGUAUACACCUUACUCACACGGUGGCAGCUUGUCAGAUCGCCUACUGCAACCAAGCAUCCUUGUUCCUUUCGGCCUUCUUAUAUUCACCAUCCUCUACCAGUCGCUACAGCCUUUUGACCCUCUUUCCCAUGUGAGGCACUCCGGUGAACUUCUGUGGGAUCUCUUAGUCGCACUCGUCCCCGCGAGGCUCCUCUAUGCUAUUGAUCACUGGCUUCAUCCGCCUAUUUUUCCUGUCCCCGAGCCUACGUCAACUAGCCGGCCCAGCUCUUAUGUUGCUAAGAGCGACGUGCUUCGCCGUAUCCUCGGUAUGGACAGCCCCAGUAGUAUAUUAAACGCUGUCGCGCAUGCUGGAAAGAGCAUCUCCUCCUUAUCGAGUGUCAAGCCAAAGCGGAUGGUCGAUCAACCACCCGGACUGGGGAAUUAUGACAAUUCUUGCUUUCAAAAUAGCAUACUCCAGAGCCUCUCCUCCCUGAAACCUUUCUCAGCUUACCUUGCUGGUGCCUUAGAAAAUGCCGAAGGCGUUGGCGACAGUGGCGAUUCCAGCUCAGUCGCGACGCUGCGAGCGUUACUAUCGAAGUUGGUAGACUCGCAAAACAACGGGGCCACCUUGUGGACGCCUAAGAAGCUGAAGUCGCUUGACACAUGGCAACAACAAGACGCGCAGGAGUACUACUCCAAGAUUCUCGAUGAGGUAGACAAGGAGGUCACGAGGGUCACCGCCACGCAAUAUCGCCCAUCAGGCCUGGAGGUUACUGGCCUGAGAGACGAAACCACUGAGAGUCAGCACAGUGAUGACAGUGGAUAUCAGUCUCUUUCAACCCUGGGCAAACCCGCAUCUGAGAUCAGAACCGUCAAGAACCCCCUUGAGGGACUAGUAGCCCAAAGAGUCGCCUGUGUUCAAUGUUAUUACUCGGAAGGUCUCUCUAUGAUACCAUUCAAUUGUAUCACUCUGAACCUUGGCGUCGAUCAAGGCGCUCACGAUCUUUACGAGCGACUUGAUUCUUACACCGCUCUUGAAUCGAUUGAAGGCGUUGAGUGUGCCAAGUGCACCCUGCUAAAAAUCCAACGGCUUUUGAAGAUUAUUGUGGGCCGAAGUAAGGAGGUUGGCUCGGAGAAAGAAACUCUGCGAGAACCUCUAGCUCGGCUCAAGGCUGUCGAGGAAGCCUUGGAAGAUGAAGAUUUCGAUGAGCAGACGUUGAGUGACAAGUGUAGGAUAUCUAAGCAGCAUCGAGUAUCCUCAACCAAAACAAAGCAAAUGGUGAUAGGUCGUCCGCCCUCAAACCUUGCCAUCCAUAUCAACCGUUCAGUAUUCGAUGAGAACACAGGUCAGAUGUUUAAAAACCUAGCAGCAGUUCGCUUUCCAAGUACCCUAGACCUCGGUCCGUGGUGCCUUGGGAGCUCAGGGUCACAUAAUGUAAAUAGCAGUGAUCCCAGUUCUUCUCAGCAGACGACUCGAAGCGUUGAAGAGCAAUGGACUUCGGAUCCAAAAUGUUCCAUGGUGUCUGGCGAUCUCAAACCAUCCAGGAUUAGUGGUCCUAUCUACGAGCUACGAGCAGUCAUUACCCAUCAGGGUCGACAUGAGAACGGGCACUAUGUCUGCUACCGGCAACACCCAACUCGAGUAGAGGCAGCUCUGGAUAGCUCCCAUCCAGAGGGAGAUCAAGCUGGCCAUAAUCAGCAAGGGAAUCCUGAGUCACAGUUAAACAUGACGGAACAGGAUUUGAAGUGGUGGCGUUUGAGCGAUGAAACGGUCUGGGAAGUUACUGAAGAGUCGGUCCUAGCUCAGGGCGGAGUUUUCAUGCUCUUUUAUGAUUGUGUUGACCAGAAUCCCGUUCUGAUAUCCGAGAAUGACGGGGGCGCAUCCAUGCAUACCGAUGAUUCUGAAUCAGGAGGAGCAUUUAGUCCUUGCGACGUAAGAUCUAAUGACGCCGGUGAAUCGAACGAUACUCAGUCAGAGUCCAAGAUACCUGAGGUAACUAAAGAGAAAAUAAGCUAUUCACCCCAUAUGAAGCCAACCGCGCAGCCAGUACAUUAUGCAUCAUCUUCUGUAUACCCCUUGCUCAGAGAUGGCGAAUUUGUCGAUCCCACAAUACCAUUGCGGUGGCCAAACGCUUCGCGCCGCAAUUUUGUUGGCGAAUAAUGAAUAAGUUGUAUGCAUGCAAGCCUACACACACUUGACUUACAUCCAGCAUAGUAUAUAGCAUAGCAUAGCCUUGGCGUUGUGGGAGGGAAUCUGAUUGAUUAUCAAAAUUGCAUUGCCAGUGCAUCCAGAAGGGCUGCCUCACUUAUAACCGGGUUGUGAAGGUGCAGACAUUAUCGCUGGGAACUUUCUCCCCACCUAGUACUCAUGUGUAAUUCUAAUCUUUUAAAGACAUGAACAUCACAGUCAACACACAAUAUACCCACCCGCAUGAUGCUAGGCUCGAGCCGA